AGAUUCGAUCGCUGCCAGCCCGAUGGUCCUUGCUGCUGCCCGCUUGACGCGCCGCCUGGCGCCCCGCGCGACCCGCGCCUUCGCCUCGAAGGAGACGCCCAAGCUCAAGAGCGCGGACGAGGCCGCGCAGGGCGUGAGCUACACGCGCGGGCUCUUCCUCGGCGUCAACAACGCCAAGCUCGCGUUCCCGUACCCCAAGCUCUCGGAAGACGAGGUCGCGACGCUCCAGAUGCUGGUCGACCCGGUCAUCAAGACGUUCGAGACGAUCGAUGGCCGCAAGAUUGACGAGACCAAGACGAUCCCGGCCGAGACGAUGGACAACCUCAAGGAGCUCGGCCUCUUUGGCCUCCAGAUUCCGGAAGAGCUCAACGGCCUUGGCCUGAGCAACACGGGCUACGCGCGUGUGUGCGAAGAGCUCAUUGACGGCUCGAUCGCCGUCACGCUCAUGGCGCACCAGUCGAUUGGUCUCAAGGGCAUUUUGCUCAACGGCAACGACGCGCAGAAGGAAAAGUACCUCCCCAAGCUCGCGACCGGCGAGCAAAUGGCCGCGUUUGUCCUGACCGAGCCGAGCUCGGGCUCGGACGCACAGUCGAUCCAGACGCGCGCGGUGCUCUCGGAAGACAAGUCGCACUUCAUCUUGAACGGCGGCAAGAUUUGGAUCUCGAACGGCGGCUGGGCCGAGGUCAUGACGGUGUUUGCGCAGACCAACGUCGACGGCAAGGACAAGGUCACGGCGUUCAUCGUCGAGCGCGCGUUUGGCGGCGUCACGAGCGGCCCGCCCGAGGACAAGCUCGGCAUCCGCGGCUCUAACACGUGCCAGGUCUUCUUCGACAAUGUCAAGAUCCCGGUGGAGAACGUGCUUGGCGGCGGGCCCGACGGCAAGACGGGCGGCCUCGCGGGCGUCGGGCACGGCUUCAAGGUGGCCAUGAACAUCCUCAACAAUGGUCGCUUUGGCAUUGGCGCCGCGUCGGGGGGCAACCUCCGCCGUGUCAUCAACAUGGCGGCCGAGCACGCGACGACGCGCAAGCAGUUUGGCUCGACGCUCUCGUCGUUUGGCUUGAUCAAGGAGAAGUUUGGCAACCUCGCGCUGCAGACGUAUGCGAUCGAGAGCAUGGCGUACAUGACGACGGGCAUGAUUGACCGCGGCGAUCCGUUCUGCGAGAUUGAAGCCGCCAUGUGCAAGGUGUACGGCUCGGAGGCCGCCUUCAACGGCAUCAACGAGGCCAUCCAGGUCAUGGGCGGCACGGGCUUCAUGAAGGACUGGCCGUUUGAGCGCUACAUGCGCGACGCGCGCAUUCUCUCGAUCUUCGAGGGCACGAACGAGAUUCUGCGCAUGCUCAUUGCGCUCUCGGGUGUCAAGACGGCCGGCGAGCGCCUCUCGGUGGUCGGCAACCUCUUUAAGAACCCGUUCCAGGACCCGGCCGCAAUCGCGUCCGAGAUCUCGGACCGUGUCCAAAAGAAGCUCAACCUCAAGAAGACGCCGCUGGACGGCGUGCACCCCAACUUGAAGGCGUCGGGUGAGCUCCUCCAGGCGCGCACGGCCGAGUUUGGUGACAUUGUCGAGACGCUCCUCCGUAAGCACGGCAAGAACAUCAUCCACGAGCAGCUCCAGAUGAAGCGCGUCGCCGAUGCGGCGAUCCAGCUGUUUGCGAUGACGGCGACCAUCUCGCGCGCGACGACGGCCCUCAACGAGAAGACGCCGACGGCCGCCCACGAGCAGGCGCUCGCGUCGCUCUUCGCCGAGUACGCCAGCGACAAGAUCCUGCUCGAGCUGCGCGCGAUCCGCACGCACAAGAAGAAGGACGAGCGCCUCUGCGCGAUCGCCGACCAAAUGUUUACCGAAGUCAAGUACAUUCCGUCGCACCCGACCGGUGUCAACUCGCAGUAAGCCGUUGAGAUGAUGCAAACAGUAAUAUUAGUUGAGUGUGGUUUCCGACGUCG